AAUUUUUCUGGAAUUAUACGAUAUAUUUAUCAAGUGCGUGUAUUAAUAUUGUAUUUGGAAUGCGUGGAACAUCCAGACGGACUCUGCACGUAACGUUUAUUCGCUUCACCGAUUGAUCGAUCGAGAAACUUGCUAACCGUGGUUUUUACUUGCUCACAAGAGCUACGAAAUUAUAGCUGUGUAUAUAUAUGUGUAUCUAUAUGUACAUAUACACAUAUAUGGUGUCGCGUUUCGUUGGUUCACGGUAUAUCCAACACUGGAUACAAACAUUCUUCAGUGGAAUGAUAGGUGUGCCACUAAAUCAGACAAAUGUGCGCUAGCACUGACAACAUAUCAACACAUUCGUCGCAGUUAAACUGCUGAAGGAGAAGACGCAGCCCUCAAAAUUUACUGGGUGUAGUUUUAGUCAUCUCGCGUAAAAUGGCAGAGGAGUGCAACGAUGUUAAGUCGGCAGGUCCGUCUUCACCACGAAGUCCACAGAAUAACAGUGCAGGGGGGAAACCAAGCAGUCCACAAUCCCCUAGACAACCAAGGCGUUUGAAGCUAUCGCAACAACAAUUGGACAGCAUGACAAAGGACGAGCUAGCAGCCAAGUGGCUUGAACAGGACUUGUAUGUGGAGUGUCUAGAGGCCCAGGCGGCAGCCCAGGAAGGUGAACUAACUUCAUUGAGAGAAUCAGAAAACAAAUACAGGCAGCAACAUGCAGAAGCAUCUCAUAGAGAGAAAAUUUUAGUCAGGAGACUUGCCUCUAAAGAACAGGAACUACAGGAAUAUAUUAAUCAAAUUGCUGAAAUGAAAGCUGCUCAUGCUCCGUCCGCUGCCGCAUUAAGAUCCGCUUUGUUAGAUCCAGCUGUCAAUAUUUUAAUCCAGAAAUUGCGACAAGAACUUGUCACGACUAAAGCUAAAUUAGAAGACACCCAAAAUGAACUUAGUGCGUGGAAAUUUACACCAGACAGUAAUACGGGAAAAAGGUUAAUGGCAAAAUGCAGAUUAUUAUAUCAAGAGAAUGAAGAAUUAGGUCGUAUGAUUGCCAGUGGUCGAAUUGCCAAAUUGGAAGGUGAUCUUGCGCUUCAGAGAAGUUUCAGCGAGGAAAUGAAGAAAUCGCAGUCAGAAUUGGAUGAAUUUUUACAAGAUUUGGACGAAGAUGUGGAAGGGAUGCAGAGUACAAUUUAUUUCUUGCAACAAGAGUUGCGUAAAGCACGCGAGUCAGUAACGUUAUUACAGCAAGAAAAUGCAGCACUGAAGGCGAAUUCCAGUGAAAAUAACUUAACAAAUGGUUUGUCACCGCAUACACCGCCAAUUAAGAAAGAGGAACUGGAUGAAAACUCAGUUUCGGAAACAAAGACUUCGAAGUCGACGGAGGAUAGUGAUAUGUGCAAAGGUGCUAGGACUCCACCGUUAUCAUCGGGACGGUCGCCUCAGUGUGAGUUCUCAAGUACUGAAAGAACAGAACGUGUAGAACGAAAACCUAAUCAAGCGGACCAUAACGAUGAAAGCUCUAGUGAUUCGGCUGCUUUGAUUAUCAAAGUUGAGAAUGAGGAAUUGAGUGAUAGGGAAGAAGAACAUGAAGAAAGUCGAAAUAAUAAGAGGAUAUUAAGGAGCAAAAGUCAUAAUAGAAAUAACAGUAAAACUAAUGGGGAGGAGGUGCUAUCUAGAACAACGAGGGGUAGGGAUAGGACCAAAAGGGACAAAAGUGCUCCAGGUAGUGAUGAUGAAAGGACACACAAGAAAAAGAGAAGAGAGAGCAUCCUUUCUCUUGAUUAUAACGAAGCUGAUGAUGAUGCAUUAGUUCUCACUAAUGGCGAGACGCUUCAAAGCGAUCCAGAAUGAACAAUUUUCUAGAAUGAUUUUAUACUCACAUUUGUUACAUAAGAAUAAGGCUUGACGUGACUUUGUAUACAGUACAAGCUAAGUCUAACGUUCUGUAUUUCUUUGAUUAUUUAAAAAUUAUAAUAUGGAUAUACAAAAAUGAAACUUACUUUCAACAAUUUUGUAUUAUUUUUCACGAUACGUAUCUGUAAAUAUGUUUCUAAUUCGAGUAUUUAUAAGUCACGUUAAUCCCCCAAAAAAACUAAACAUGAAUUACAUAUAAUAAUAUGUACACAAAAUAAUGCGGCGUUUGAAUAAAGGGAUAGAUAGUUGAAACUAUUUUUUUUUUUUUUUUUUUUGCAAAUGAAUCGCAUUGAAAUUUCUAAUAAGCAUGCGUUAUUGUGUAAACAAGUGCAUUAAUGUUUUUAAACGGCUCAUUGUAAAUUUGUUGCAACAUCGAUAGUAAUUCUUCUUGUUAGAUUUUUUGAGAGAAUCACAAAGGACAUGAUUAACAAUAAAAACAAUAAUUAAGGCUACGCCUUCCAUUAUGUAAAUACACGAAUGUUAAUAAUAUCGGAUAUACGACGACGCACAUACGUAGAUUUAUACACGAUUUGUGCGCAAUAAUUUGUAUGUAUGUAUUGUUUUUUCCAUUGUGAGAAACGUGUGUAGUCAUGCGUUGCUCGUGCAUAAAAUGUGCUUUUAAUUGUGUAUAAUAAAAUUGAGGUCUAUUUGUUAGAUUUAUUAAAUACCUGUAAAUUAUGCAAAAUACAAGACAGCAUUAAUGUCAGUAAAAUAUGCGGACUGACCUCGUACAUGACAAAACAUCACAUUUGUAUCUUCAACUUCAUUUUAAGGACAAGUGUACAAAAUAUUUACAUUACUAUUUUGUAUUAUUCCUUAUAUAAAACACGUAUUUUCAUAUCAUUUCU